AUGGGUUCGAGACGCAGUCCACCCCGUCUGAUCGACGUCAAAAGCUAUAGGCUGGUACCAUUUCCCAGAGAUCAAGCACCGCCAUAUGCAAUACUGUCACAUACUUGGGGUCCUGAAGGGGAAGAAAUCGCGUAUCAAGAGUGGCUAGAGGCAGAAACACUGGCCACAAAGUCCACAACCGGCUCACCACCGGAUGAAGUGCGUCCUUACAGAAAAGGCUAUGCCAAGAUCUAUGAUGCUUGCAGACAAGCUGAGGCGGAUGACUUCAAGUAUAUAUGGUCGGACACAUGCUGCAUCAACAAGGAGAAUGACGCUGAGCUCGAUCUGAACAUCGAUACUGAUGGACAUGAUCUUUCGACACCAGCAACAACCACCGAUGUCGUUACCGCGAACGCUCAAGCUGAUCUGGCGCUCGGACUAUCACGAUGUGUCUGGUUCACUCGCGGGUGGUGCCUACAAGAGCUGCCGGCGCCAAAAGAGAUCUGCUUCUUCGAUAGCCACUGGCGCAGCGUCGAGUAUCCUGACAACCUCCCUCAGCUGAUCUCGGCCAUAACGAAGAUUCCUGUGGCCGUCCUUACUCAGCAGAUACCGAUCACCGAUUGCUGCUUGGCCCAACUUCUUUCGUGGGCAGCUGACAGACGAACCUCACGGAUGGAGGAUCGAGCUUACUCGCUUUUCGGCAUCCUUGGAGUGAACAUGGCGCCUAUGUACGGCGAAGGUUCCGAUGCGUUCGCAAGACUGCAGCGGGAGUUGCUGCAGGACACCCGCGACCCUACCAUAUUUGCGUGGACAUCCGCUGACCCAGCUCGCAAGACCUCUCUCCUUGCCGCUACUCCAGAAGGUUUCAGACAUAGCACAAAUAUCAGAGUGAACCGAGCGCUUGGAACUUCGUGCCACUUCAGCCGGACCAACGUUGGGAUAGCUGGUGAGAUCCUGAUAAUCGAGCCCAGGCCUCACGAUCGUACACCUUGGUCCAGUGAUCCCCGAGCGAUGACCUUUCGAGCGCCAUAG